UCGGUCGUUUAUUAAGCGAAAUCACAUUUGAUCCAUAUGACACAUCUUCUCCUCGAAGAAUAACCUUUCUUCUCCAAACAAAAACUCUCCUUUGCUUCCGUUUGAUCUGUCUGGCAUGCUUCUUCUUCCUCAAUUCGCAUUUUAUUUUGGAUUUGAUCCUCUCUUUUUUUGGUGUAGAAAUCGCUAGAAUCCACUCGUUGAUUUGAUACACUCGAUGAGGAAUGUUUUUUUUUAAAUUUUUUUGAAAAGCUUGCAUCUUUGUAGAUAAGAACAAUGGCUUAGAUGUUGUUUAUUUGAUGGUGUUUUCAUCUCUUUGCAGAAAAAAAAAAAAAAAAAAAAAAGUUUAAAACUUUUCAAAGUUUCUUGACAAGUUGUUCAAAUGGGUGCGCCAAAGCAGAAGUGGACACCGGAGGAAGAAGCAGCCCUUAAAGCUGGUGUUCUUAAGCAUGGCACUGGCAAGUGGCGUACUAUUCUCUCCGAUCCUCACUUCAGCUCAGUUCUCAAGUCUCGCUCUAAUGUCGAUCUCAAGGACAAGUGGAGAAACAUAAGUGUGACUGCGUUGUGGGGUUCACGGAAGAAGGCUAAACUCGCUCUUAAAAGGGCUCUCCCUCCUCCUCCUCCUAAACAUGAUGAUGAUAACAACACUAGAGCUCUGACAUCGCCACGAACUCAUGCUUCAAAGAAAUCAAUUACAAGUUUGGACAAGAUCAUCUUGGAGGCAAUUACCAACCUGAAGGAGCCACGCGGUUCUGACAGGACAUCCAUCUUUAUCUAUGUAGAGGAGAAUUUCAAGACUCCGCCGAAUAUGAAAAGACACGUGGCUGUAAGAUUAAAGCAUCUAUCAUCAAAUGGACCAUUAGUCAAGAUAAAGCACAAGUACAGGUUCUCUACUAAUUUCACUAGCGCAGGAGCAAGACACAAGUCUCCUCAACUCUGUUUAGAAGGAAACAACAACUCACCAAGACCCAAGGAGAACGGCGCCAACAUUCUCACCAAGUCCAGAGCAGACGGAGAGUUAUUCAUGAUAAAAGGCAUGACAGCGCAAGAAGCUGCAGAAACCGCUGCCAGGGCAGUUGCAGAGGCAGAGUUUGCAAUCACAGAGGCUGAAGAAGCAGCGAAAGAAGCAGACAAAGCAGAAGCCGAAGCUGAAGCUGCUCAAAUAUAUGCAAAGGCAGCCGUGAAAGCUUUGAAGUUCAGGAUCAGUAAUCAUACUUGGUAAAACAUAAAAGCAACCAUUACGGGAAAGCUCUUUAGCAGAGCAAGCCCUUAUAUAUAUAUAGUCAAACCAUUAAUGGUUUCUUAUUUCAAAAGUUUAAAUCAUGUGAUUAUCUCAUCACCUGCAGAGAACUCAAAAGCUUUCAAUACCUAUGUGUACUCUCUCUUUUUGGUCAGUAGUAAAUCCGCAGUUUGAUCAUAUGUAUAUAUGUUCAUAACUCUUGAGAUUCUGUAAAAAACUGAGUCUUUAUUUUUCUGUUUGUA